AACAUAAGCAUUCUUUCGUAAAUAAAGAUGGGACUGUCUUUUAGCAAGCUAUUCAGUGUCUUGUUCAGUAAGAAGGAGAUGCGUAUUUUGAUGUUUGGUCUCGAUGCAGCUGGUAAAACCACCAUUCUAUACAAACUCAAGUUGGGCAAAAUCGUCACCACUAUCCCUACUAUCGGAUUUAAUAUCGAAACAGUUGAAUACAACAAAGUUAACUUCAUUGUGUGGGAUGCUGGUGCUUCUGAUAGGUGUAUUCGGCAAUAUAUGAGCCGCUAUUUUCAAAACACAGAAGCUCUUAUCUAUGUGGUUGACAGCAAUGAUCGUGCACGUAUAGAUGAGGCCAGAGAUGAGCUACAACAGAUGCUUAAUCAGGAAUAUUCAAGAGAUUCAGAGUUGCUUGUUUUUGCCAACAAGCAAGAUCUUCCAAAUGCUAUGAAUUCAGCUGAGAUCACUGACAAGCUUGGUCUGCAUUCUCUCCAACACCGAAACUGGCAUAUCCAGAGCACAUCUGCCACCACUGGGGAAGGUCUAUACGAGGGACUGGAUUGGCUUUCCAACAACCUCUCUAACAAGGCUUAAAGGGGACUUGUACAGAACCCGGAUAUACUUCUUAUGAGAAGUUUGCCAGAGUUUUCAAUCUGUUUUCAGCAUUUUGUUUUUGUUGAGAAGGAACUGCUGAAAUCUUCUUAAAAAAACACUCGUUUCCGUUACAUAUAUAACUUGUAUUUAUGUAUCUUUGUAAA